AAACAUCGAUUUUUGUUCCAGCUCUAUACCACUGCUGCCCGAGUUUGUCCUCAAUUAAAAAUAAAUUACAAAAUUUCAUCGUUUCCGUUUGCUAAACGCAGCGCAUCUCCAAGGCUUCCGAGUUCCCAUCCAACACAACACGAGUGGUAGUAUCGUUGUGAAACAUGUCAACACCCGCACGCAGACGUCUUAUGAGAGAUUUUAAAAGACUUCAGGAAGAUCCACCCACGGGUGUCUCGGGCGCGCCAACAGAUAAUAAUAUUAUGAUAUGGAAUGCUGUGAUUUUUGGUCCACACGAUACACCAUUCGAGGACGGAACCUUUAAGUUAACCAUAGAAUUUACGGAAGAGUAUCCAAACAAACCGCCAACGGUUCGAUUUGUAUCGAAAGUAUUUCAUCCCAAUGUGUACGCAGAUGGUGGAAUAUGCUUGGACAUAUUGCAGAACCGCUGGAGUCCCACAUACGAUGUGUCAGCCAUACUGACAUCCAUACAGUCACUGCUGAGCGAUCCCAAUCCCAACUCACCGGCUAACUCCACCGCCGCCCAGCUUUAUAAAGAAAAUCGGCGCGAGUACGAAAAGCGUGUGAAAGCCUGCGUGGAGCAGAGUUUUAUCGAUUAGCCAUGCGCCCACUCUUGGAACAGCAGCAGCAUCAGAAGCAGGAACCACAACACGAGCAGCAGCAAAUUUAAAAGCGGCCGCAGCUUAAAGCAUCAGCAAACUACAGUAACAGAAAUAUGCAAUACCAUAAAGAAGUUUAAAUUAAAUAAUAACAGAAAUAUUUAUGAUAAUUGUAAUGCUAUGAAAUUGUAACACCGCCAACGGCACGGCACUGCAGCAUAUAUACGCCCUGCGCACAUCAUUCGCAAGCCAGAAAUACUGGGAAGUUUUGAGUUAAAUUUGUUUGGCCAAUAGUUCUACCUUGUCCCUAGCUUGAUAACCCGAUUCCGAGAUUCGACGCAGUUCACUUAAGAAAUCAGCAAGUCCUUUAUGGCUGCAUCCGAUAGUACUGCCUGCAGCCAGAAAUAAGACUCUCAUAAGCUAACAACUCAAAUGUUAUAAUUUAAAUAGCAGCGGCAAUAAUGAUUAAUAAUAAAAAGAUUAUAAAAACCA